AUGCCCUCGAAGGUCUGGAGAAAUCCCCUAAGGGAAAUGGCAGGGAGCGCCAAGAAAAGUCCGGGGAGUCGAGUUCAAGGAGGGUUCGCCAGGGGAAGCCGGCAGAAACUCCUCAGGAAGCUGCGCGGGAGCGCCGGAAGGCCGAGGCAAAGUGGCCAUAUCUCAAAUAUGCUGCGGAAUCUUGGUUCAUUCAUGCCCGCCGGAGUAUCGAGGCUGGGGAGCACAAAUUCUAUGAUACUCAUCAUAACUGGCUGGAUUAUGGGCUCUUCGGCACCAGCGAUAUCAUACGAAAGCAGUGGAUCGAGUACUGCGGAGAUGCAAAAAUGGAAGUUUUAGCGGGGGAGCAAACACCACUGAACGUCGCGGUCUGUUUGGGGCUCACGCCGCUUGUCAAAGCCCUCCUAGAUUCCAAUACCGGGACGGAGACCUCUAAUAACACCCAUUCACCCCUACACCUAGCAGCAAAAUCUAUGUCCGGGGCAUACAAGAUCCUUAUUGCCGAGAGCGACCCAUCCCUUCUCAUGGCCCAGGGUCAAUACGGCAACACCCCGCUCCAUGAAGCAGCUAUUUCCGGUCAUUGGAACAUGCAGAAGGCCCUGAUGGAAAAACUCGCAGGAUCUGAGGACGGAGCAUACAGUGGCAAAAUCAACAAGAAGAACGAUUCGGGUGAUACCCCACUUCACCUCGCUGUUCAAUUCGAUCACCCUGAUAUCGUCGAGGCUCUAGUCAAGAAAGGCGCGGAUCGGUCCAUCCGAAACGGUCAGGGGGUGACAGCAUCGGAAUUGAGCUUAUCUCUCAGGAGAGAUGACAGUUCUGAAAUUCUAAGACUUGCAGAGGUGGGGGCUCUGGAGGAGCUAGGGGAGGAGGCUGUUGUGCCACCUGUGUUGCCACCUACGAAGGAACCUGUGCAGGAGCUUGUAGCGCUGCCCGCGAAGGAGCGUGGAGAGAAACUACGGUGGAGAGUGUGGUGGAAUCUGUGGUGUUUGGGAGGGGGCUGCGGUGGAGAAUGGGAAGCCGGCGGAGAUGACGAAGGAGGAGACCGCGGAGGAGACCGCGGAGGAGAUAUAGGACGAGGCUCUGGACGGUCCCGGGAAGAACGCCACAGAGGGGGCCAUGGAAGGGGUCAGAGCAGCCCCCGGGAACACCACUUUCCGAGGAGGCGAGGCCGGUAUCAAACCCCUAGGGACAAGCUACUCACCGCAGGCCCGGAUGGGGAUCAUGGGUGCCGCUCCCCCCGCCGCACGGACGCGUACUCAACGCAUAAGGAGGAAGGAAAACGCUACAGUGUUGUCGUUGUGCGGUAG